AUGAAGACCGCCCGGAAAGUCCCGGGGUGCGAUAAGCGCUACGGGCUGGCGGUUGUGUUUCUUCUGGUCUGCCUUACACCAACUGUAACAGGUGUAGUGGACGUCACCAUCGUCAGUAAGUACCAGUUCUUUGAUGCGUCCGAUCACACCCGGCUGUACUGUUACUACACGGGGAGUUACAGCAACCAGAACGGGUACCAGUUCGGUGUAGAGGUUGACACUGGCUCAGGAACAACAUUUACACCACAGAGAUCCACCAGCUUGGUGACAGGAGAAUGGUGGAGAACGAGGAUCUUGGAUACCGCUGGUGACUUCCGGGUCGGAGCAUUCUCCUGUCAAGUAAGCAACGGAAGUCAAACAGAGAAGGCCAUUACAUUCAAAAUGAAAUCACGGGCCGAUGUCUGGCCUGUGGCCUUCACAGUAACCGCCAGCCUAGGAGACCCCGUGACCCUACAGAUGGUACAGAAGUCCAGUAGAACCGGAACGCUACUGUGGAGGAAGGACGGGGUCAGGGGGACUGUCCUAACAGGGCAGAACGGACUUAACCUGACCAUUGCCAGCGUCCAGCCUUCAGAUGAGGGGAUCUAUGAGUGCUACUAUCAGGGGUAUACUGAUAGAAGACAGGGCAUCAUGAGGCUCAUUGUCAGAGGCUGUGCUAAGAACAAGUGGGGUCCUCCCUCCUGUACCGGUGACUGUCCAAUGUGCUACAACGGCGGUGUGUGUGACGACAACACGGGGGAAUGUGUCUGUCCUCCGGGGUUCCAUGGACAAAACUGCGAAAGCGCAUGUACGAAUAACAAGAUCGGUACAAGCUGCACGAGAGAGUGUGACGGUGGAGACUGUACCGGUCAGCUGCUGUGUGUGAUGGACCCGUACGGCUGUUCCUGCGCUCCUGGACUCAUGGGCAUAGAGUGUAAUACUGAGUGUCCAGAGGGCCUGUACGGAGCUGGCUGCACCCAAUCCUGUAACUGUGCAGCCGGACCAGCAGCCUGUAACAAGAGGACUGGAUUCUGUACUGGGGGAUGUCCGGUAUUAUGGACUGGGGACUCCUGUCAGAUCCGUACAGACAUCAUGGAGCCCCAAGACUGUGCUGACGUGUUUGCACUCGGGAUGCAAGACAGUCAUGUGUACACCAUCGGCCACCCACAACCAUUCCAAGCCUACUGUGACAUGGACACUGAUGGCGGCGGAUGGACGGUCAUACAGCGGCGACAGGACGGGUCUGUCCCGUUUGACAAGACUUGGACUGAGUACGAGCAGGGAUUCGGUAAUCCUAGUGGAGAAUACUGGCUGGGAUUGGGGAACAUCCACAGUCUGACUACACAGAAACAAAACGAACUGUACGUGUACUUGGAAGACUGGGAAACGAACAGCCGGUUUGCGCGGUACAGCACGUUUUCUGUAGGAGAUGCCGGCAGCAAGUACACGGCAACGAUCGACGGGUACAGCGGGGAUAAUGCUGGUGAUAGUUUGGAUCCAUCCAACACACGUCACAGCAUCAACAUCAGACAAUUCUCUACAACAGACCAAGAUAACGACGGUAUCAGUACCGACUGUGCGGGUACAUUUGGACAAGGAGGCUGGUGGUACACUCCAAGUUGUGGUUAUUCCAUGUUGAACGGACAGUAUCUGACAGGCUGCUCGGUACCUGCUCCGGGUUCCUGCCGCAGUGCAGAUGGAAUCAUCUGGUCUACUUGGUUGGGUUACAGAUAUUCCUUGAAGAAAACUGUCAUGAUGAUCAGGCCAGCUGAUUUUCCUGUGUCAUCAUUCAGACCUUGUGAGAAUGGGGGAAACCUGGCAUCUGGACCGGAGGAUUCAGGACUGUUCAUCUGUGCAUGUCCUGCAGGAUGGAAUGGCGAGUUUUGUGAUCAGGCCUGCUCGCCUGCCUGCUCGCCUGGUGAGUUCGGGCCUGGCUGUACCGGCACCUGUCGAUGUGCAAACGGAGAUUCCGUGUGUGACGACGUGACUGGAGUCUGCUCUAGUGGAGGGUGUGAGGUCGGAUGGAAGGAGGACAACUGUCAGACAGGUCGUCACAUCAAUUUUUGCACACUGUAA